GCAGGCCGGCGAGUAAGUCCGCGCGUGCGCAUCGCGCGCAGUUCGUGGCUUCGCGGUCUCCCGUGGGUAUUGCUGCAAAUGGGUUCCGUGGCCUAGUGCUCCACGCAUUACCACCCGUGAUCGUGCGCCGAGGUCCUCGAGGAAGGAUUGCCGCCGAGGUGAAGGCGGCGGCCGGAGGUGGGGGAGGCGCGCGCCUUCUAGGGGCCGGGCAUUUACAAAGCGCCUUUGUCUCACCGUGCAGCCGGUCCGGGCUGGUUAGAACCACUCGGAAGCCCGGCUGCUAACAGGGCCGGGAGGACUCGGAGCCCACUCCGCUGUGCGGUGACCAGGCCCACAUUUUGCUCAGGUCUCCACAGCGCGCGGGUCCUGAAGGAUGGCAGCCAUCCCUUCUAGCGGCUCGCUCGUGGCUACCCAUGACUACUACCGGCGACGCCUGGGCUCCUCGUCCAGCAGCAGCUCCUGCGGAAGUGCAGUGUACCCCGGGGACACCGUGCCCUACCCCCCGGGUCUCCCCAAGGCCGACCCUGGCCACUGGUGGGCCAGCUUCUUUUAUGGGAAGUCCACCCUCCCAUUCAUGACCACAGUGUUGGAGUCUCCUGAGCACCCGGCAGAAUCCUCCCAGGCCUCCAGAAGCCCGAUCACCCUUGGCCUGGCUCCUGAAACCCUGAAGCAGCAGCCAGUCGUCCAUCCCGGCCAGGCCAACAGAAGAACCCCGUCCUGACCUAGCAGAACCACAGCAAACCCAACUUCAGUGGUGCUAGGCCAGAGCCCCACCCAUCCACCCCACCCUGUAAACUAGGAAGGUUGCGAGCAACAAACACCAGCAGAAGCUAGUGAAAGCACCCCUGUUGGUACACAGUACUGAGCUUUCCUGAUCCUGUAACUGUGCCUUGCACCAAGCAGAAAAUAAACUCCCAGCAGCCAUCCUCCCCA